AUGGCCGCUGCCGUUGAGCUCACCUCGGGUCAAGACCAGGCCUUGACGAUGGCUUCAUGCCAGGAUGAGCUCCUUGCCAAGACAUCAAAGGUCAAGAAAUCUCUGCGCAAGAUAUGGGAGAUGGAGAGGUCUCUGGGCGAACUGGGUCGGAUAUGGGAUAUGGAGAAUUAUCAGGGCGAACUGGGGGAGAACGAGAAUUAUCUAGCCCCGAUUUUGGCCAAGCAAAUCCAACUUCUCGAUUUGAAGAAAUUAAUGUCCAAUGAGCUUCGCCUACUACGCCCCAGUAGGGCCGGCAGUGGGGCCGUUCAUCCUUACACAAGUUUGCCCAUGGAGGGGAUGACAGUAAAUCCAGGGGAAGAUAGAUCUGUGUUUUUAAUGGUAAAUUUCGUUAGGGGCGAAUACAGCGGUGCCAUAUAUGAAGUUAAAUUCAAAUUUGGAGGAGAAGUUAAUGAUCUAGGCGGAGGAGGAGCAACUAAACGUGUAGCCACAUUCAGUGGUUUUAACGUUCAGGGUGCAAGAAUUUUCGACCGCGACCAACUUUAUGUAUUUACACAGGAGGGUUGGGAUAAACCCUACGUUAGGUCAUUUGCAGGGCAUAUCUUUCAUACGAAAACUGGGGCAUUAGAUCCCUUCCCACCUUCUAAAGUACAGUUUAAGCCGCGUGGAACAUUUGUGUCGGCAUAUGGCACACUUUAUUUUCUUGAAUCAAAAUUUCCCUUCGAACGAAGUCGGAGUCUAGGUUUUGGGAAAUACAAUCCUGAUAAGAAGGAUUGGGUGCGACUGCCUUUGUUUCCAUUUUGUUAUCCAUUUAUCAUGAGCGUAACUGGUUAUGCCGUCUGUUAUGGCGUUAUUUUGUAUGCGUUGUCUGACAUGCAACAAAACUUGGAUGUCGUUGCUUUUCACGUGGCUAGAAAUAAUUGGAAACGAGUGAAAGUUGACACUUAUACUCAUUUCCGAGGGAGGGCCGUGGUUGUAGGCGACACUAUAUAUGCCUUAAAUCAUUUUAGUGUGGCGGAGAUUAUAGCAUACUCCUUGAGGAGGAAGGUAGAUGAUGACGGUGAUAUUACAUAUUCACUAGUGCAACUAUCUAAAUUGAACGGCCUUGAGAUUGCAGAUCCGCCUUUGCAAUUUGAUGAACUUGUGAGUGACUAUUUGGUUCAUCUGGGGAACCAAGAUUUCGUUCAUGUUAAGACUGCCACUAACGAAGAAUUUGAUGAGGUUCAACAUCUUUGUAUCACCACGUUUCAAAUUGUUCAAGAAGAAAGUAGACAUAUGAUCGAGACAUUACAUUCAACAGUCCUUCCUGUGGAUAUUGAGGCCAAUAGUUGGUUCACGCUUAUGUUCGGCUUUGCUUCAGAAUGUGCGGAUUAUGAACCCGUAGAAGGGGAGACUGCAGCAAGCAUGGAGCAGCCAAAACAAGAAGAUGAAAUCCCUUUGGAUGAGAGUUCUUUUAUGUGGGAGGAAGAAGCCAAGCUGGAAAUAGCCUCAAUGCAGCAUGAAAAAGCCAACCAGAAAGAUGCAAACGGAAUAAACAAAAACAGAAGACAAAAAGAGAAAAAGAAAAAGCGGAUGGAAGGAGGGAUUACAGGUAGAGGCAGUAGAAAACAAUCUGUUAUUAUUAAGUACCUGGAGCAGAGAUAUUUUUAUUGA